CACAUCUCAGAAGACGUUAGACAAACUCCACCCUGAGUCGGUGUACCUAGCACUGUUAUGGCUCGUCGAAAGAAGGACUACGCCUCGGACUACUCUUCCGACUCUGGAGCCUCGGGUUCGGAUGGCUACGAUGUGCAUCGUGACGACAAUCCAGACGAGCGGGCAGAAAGAGAGCUGUUCGAACAGCGCACGGGACGCAAGAAGAGGAGGCUAAAUAGAGGAGACGGGAAAGCGAGCGCUUGGGAAGGCAUUUUUGGGGAGGACGAUGAGGAUUCAGGGCGGUUCGAGCAAAGGAAAGGCAAGCGAAAUGCAGCGUUCAAAGCUCCUACUUUCGUGACCAAGUCUGAAUCUCAAGCCACCACAUCCAAGCAGCCUCAAGAGAAGAUCGCCCCGUCGGAUGACGACGGAUCUUCCGAUUCAGACUCUUCGUCUGAGGAGGCCGUGGAACCGCUAGCUCAGGAUCAACAACCAGAAGACAAGGGACCCGUCCGGACGAGAGAAAACUCUUACUCUGACGACGAGCCACAAGGUGGUCUGGGACUGGGCAUGGGUGCUGCAAGAGCAGCUUCAGAAUCGAGCAUGCCGUCUCGGGGAGGUUUCGGUGGGAUAGGGAGCUCAAGAGGUCGAGGCGGCGGGGGAAUUGGUAUAGGUUCGACUAGAGCCGGAGCUGGAUUCGGUUCCAGUUCUUCCACGCCUACCAGGCCGAUCACCAUGUCAAGUUUUGCCAAAUCCACGGGUACGGAGCAGGCCCAAGCGGAUGCCAAUGAAGCCAAGGAACAGCAGACGAAGCCAGAACCCCGCCCAGAGGUAGUCAGCCGAGCCUCCAACGACAAUCUUGGAGGUAUUGGUACCGCUAAGCGACAUGAAAUCGAAGUGGCUGAAGAGGAAGCGUUAUAUCCAAGUGAUCCGGCGCAUGCGAUGCCUCAAUCUUUCGGUCGAGAGCGCCCAGCGACCCCUCAGCGAUCCCGCCCCGCUAGACAGCAACAGGCAUUCAGAACCGAAGUUGAACCUGAGGCCUCUUCGUCGAAACCAAAGCUCAGUGUGACUGCCAAGGAUCUAAACCAUCUUCGGUCGAUAGCUGGAUCAUUCGGAGCUCGACUCCUGGCAAAGCAGGGUUGGACGCCCGGAAAAGGUCUGGGUCGAGAUGAGGACGGAAAAGCGGUUCCCAUCGAAGCCAAUGUCGGUCUCGCUCGAGGUCAGGGUAUCGGCAAGGGCGUUCGAACAGAACAAAGCCGACGUGAAGCAAAGGAGCGAGGCGAGGUUCUUGAUGCCAGUAGCGAUGAAGAACGGGAGAAGCGACGGAAAAAGAAGGAGAAGAAGAAAGAGCCCGCACCUGGCAAAGGUGCCAAGGCGGAGUGGAAGCGGGAGAAAAAGGUCAAGGUCAAGGUGGAACACAAGACCUAUGACGAACUCGUGGCAGAGGCAGCAGCGGGAGGUGCAGCAGGCUCCACGGGUAUCGGGCUGGUCCUCGAUGCGAGGGGUGGAGAGCUGAAAGAGGUCUCGUCGCUGGCCGAUCUAUCGCUGUCGGCUCGUGCUGCGACUGAAUGGACGCCAACAGGCGAAAAAAUGCAAUUGCCCGAGCUCCGCCAUAAUCUGCGUCUCAUCCUGGAAUCCACGAAGGGCGACGUACAAGCACUCAUCAAAGAGGGACAAGCCGUACGGAUGCGACGGGAAUGGGCAAAGCGGGAGACGCAGCGGCUGAAAAAGGAAGAGGAUAUCGAGGCUGAAAAGGUCCGACGCCUCGAAGAGAUCCAAAGGGUAGUCGGGGAGAUUGAGGCCAAGCUUGAAACGGUCGAUCAACGUUCGACAGAUCCCUUGCUCUCGCUCGAGCCCGAGAUGCACAAGAUGAUUGAUCAAUUCAAGACCGAGUAUGAAGAAUACGAUCUUGACGAAGUGUUGGUUGGAGCGAUGACUCAGGCUCUCGGUACCGUCUUUCGUAAUUGGCAACCACUGGCAGAUACGGACACAUUGCUUGCAAUUCUACGGCCAUGGCGAAAAGCAUUCCGUUUCUCCGACCCCGAUACCGUAAACGAAGAUGCCACGCUCUCACAGAUUUACGGAACUGGCGAGGAUGUCUCCUCGAAUGGUGGUCGUCGGGCUCAUAGCAGUGUAAUGACGCCAUAUGAAGCUAUGCUGGAUAAAUUAUGGCUGCCAAGAGUCAGAUCAGCUCUCAAUAACGACUGGAACGUUCUGGAUCCUCGCCCUGCGGUAAAGCUCCUCGAAUCUUGGUCGCCAUUACUACCGCGAUUUAUGCGGGAUAAUGUUUUGAACCAACUGAUUUUGCCCAAAAUCUCGUCGCAAGUCGGAGAGUGGAAUCCCAGGAGACAACGACCCGGGUCGGAAUACUCGCUCGCUUCCAUCGUUUUCCCUUGGUUGUCUGUUCUACAAGAUCGCUUCGAUGGCGUGCUGGACGAAGCCAAGGUUAGGAUAGGUGAAACGAUGAAACGGUGGUCUGUCAAGGAAUCGAUACCCGACGAGUGGAAGCUGUGGAGAGACGUGUUCUCCAAGGGCAAAUGGGAUACGUUAAUGCUGUUAAACAUUGUUCCGAAGCUCGCAGCCCACAUCGACAGCGACUUCGAGGUCAACCCGUUGGACCAGAAGAUGGAACCAUUGGAUCGUGUGUUACGCUGGAGCGGCCUCUUACGCGAUUCUACUUUUGCCCAAAUCAUCGAAGAAAAGUUCUUCCCGACAUGGCUUGAUACACUGCACUUCUGGUUGAUCCAGCCAGACUACAGUGCUGGAGAAGUUGCAUCUUGGUACCACUUCUGGAAGGAACAUUUCGCAAAUUACAAUACUUCCAAAGGCGAUAGAUUGACUGAGAGCAAGGGAAUCGAUCACGGAUUCCGCGCAGGAUUGAGCUUGAUGAACGAUGCGAUGGCCCUUGGAGCCGAUGCACCGAAACGUCUGGUCAAACCGACCUUUAUUCCUUUGCGCGAUAGGAAGUCGUCCGACAAGAAGAGCAAGCUGUCCUCACGAGGCCGUACUGCGGCUUUUGCACAGCCGACGGGGAGCGAAGUCACUUUCAGGUCAAUCGCGGAACAGUAUGCGGCAGACCGGAACCUAUUAUUCAUCCCGACCGGACGAUCUCACACCACUACCGGAAAACAGCUUUUCAAAGUGGCUCGUGGUUUGGAUGCACGGGGUGUUACCGUCUACGUUGGCGAUGAUGCAGUGUAUGCCCAGGUGAAGGAUGGUUCCUUCCGCGCUGUACUUCUCGACGACAUGGUCAAGAUGGCAUCUGCAUGAGUUCAUUACAUGCUGUUGUACCAGGAGAUUAUAAUAUAAG